AAGUUUGACAGCUCCGUCAAACUCCGCGCGUUUCGCAUUCCGAAAAAGCGGAGCCCAGCAAAAGUGUAAACACAAACAGUGAACUUUGUCCGGAAAGUGGAAGCGCUCUGUUGCUUCCCCAGUUCAAAUCCCCGUGAAAAUGGGACUCGAUUUCGAAGUGCAGGACUAUAUCAAAACGCUGAAUAAAAACAGUCCCCCGUUUCGGUGCCCCAAGUGUGACAACAAAAAGUAUAAAUCCGUGAUCGGGUUGCAGUACCAUUUGAACAACUAUGACCACGACAAUCCGUCCCCGUCUAGCGCGGCGCCGGUUCCAGUGGCCACUAAGCAACCAGAACCAGUAGCGGGACCGUCGACAGAAGUGGAAAAAAUACCCACCGCUCCAGAAAAACCUGAAACAGUGAGUGCAUCGGCAGGUGCAGAUGAAGCUGUCAAAGGGGAAGAUGUCGAAAUGAAAGAGCCGACGGCAAAAAGCAGUGAAAAAGCGGAAAAGGCUCCAUCGAGUGCGAAAUCUCCCGGGAAAGGUGCCGUGGCCAAAGAAACGCCGAUUCGACCACCGAACAACAACAAACAGAGGAGUCAGAAGAAAAAAGUGGGGGUAACACCGAAAAAUAAGGCCUCUGCAGCACCGGCCAGGGAGUCCCUGGCCUACAUUGAGUCGGAAGGGCUGAUCAAGAUCGAGUUCGGCGGAAAGAACAUCAACCUGUCGGUAGACGAAGAAUUUGAGCUGAUCAGCUUGGACGAGCAGAAGAAAAAGUGGGAAAAUCCGGAUGUGGAGCUUUUUGCCGUGCCGCCUCCGACGGAACCGGAAGUGAAGCUCCCGGAAGGAAAAUUCAAGGAAAUCGAAGAGUACACCAUUCAUGAUGCCCCGGCUCGUCCGAAUGCUUACAUCCGGUUCAUCGAGAAGAGCACCGAAGAGCUGGAUGGCGAGGUGGAAUACGACGUGGACGAAGAGGACACCACCUGGUUGGCCAUAAUGAACGAACGCCGAGCACAGCAAAACCUGUGCCCAGUGCCGGUGGAUUCGUUGGAAUUGCUGAUGGACCGCCUGGAGAAGGAAUCGUACUUCCAAGCGGCGGUAACCGGUCAAAACGGUGCCCCCGUGGAUGACGAUGCGGUGUGCUGUAUUUGCAUGGAUGGCGAGUGCCAGAAUACGAAUGUUAUCUUGUUUUGCGACAUGUGUAAUUUGGCGGUUCAUCAAGAUUGCUACGGAGUUCCGUACAUUCCGGAGGGACAGUGGCUUUGUAGGCGAUGCCUGCAGAGCCCCAGUCGAUCGGUGGAUUGUGUUCUUUGUCCGAAUACGGGAGGAGCUUUCAAGCAGACGGACAGCAAUCAGUGGGCUCACGUUGUUUGUGCCCUCUGGAUACCGGAGGUCCGAUUUGCUAAUACCGUUUUCUUGGAACCGAUUGAUUCAAUUGAAACCAUUCCUCCGGCUCGUUGGCGACUUGUGUGCUACAUUUGCAAGCAGAAAGGUAUCGGAGCUUGUAUCCAGUGUAAUCGAAGUUCGUGUUACGCUGCGUUCCAUGUAACCUGCGCACAGCAGGCCGGUUUAUGCAUGAGAAUGGAUCAAGUACGUGGGAACGACACUCAUCCGAUUGUAGUGCAGAAGACUGCCUACUGCGAUGCCCAUACACCGAUCAACGCGCUUGGAUCGCCAGGAGGAUCUGGAGGAGAAGCCGAUCCACGAGAAGCAUGCCGUGAAAAGAUGAAGAAAGCCCGGAAGAUGUUGGCCAUUAAACGAACUUCGGCUCCGGUGAUCUUGAUCCCGACCAUUCCGGCGAAUCGAGUGGAAGAGAUUGCAUCGCUGGUCAACAUUGCCAAGAAGCAACAGUUCAUUCAACGUCUGAUAGCUUACUGGACUCUGAAGCGUCAGCAUAGAAAUGGAGUUCCUUUGCUUCGGCGCCUUCAGAGUCAGGGACAAACACAGGGAGCUCCAGGACGUGAUAAAAACGAUGGUUCGCCUGACGCCCGGGAACUUUAUCAACAGCUUAAGUACUGGCAAUGUCUCCGGCAGGACUUGGAGCGGGCCAGGCUUCUCUGCGAACUAGUUCGAAAGCGUGAAAAACUUAAACUGAUUAUGAUAAAAACCAACGAACAAUGCGUGAUGGCUCAGCUGAAUCCCAUCGAAACUGUUCUCCACCGGAUUCUCGAUCAGUUGGAAGCAAAGGACAUCCAGGAAAUUUUCCGGGAACCCGUCGAUACUGAGGAAGUCGCCGAUUAUCUUAAAAUUAUCACCCACCCGAUGGACCUGGGAACAAUGAGACAAAAGCUCAAAUCCGGUUUCUACACCAGCAUUGAAGACCUGGAAUCGGACUUCAUGCUGAUGGUCACCAACUGUUUGACCUACAACAACAAGGACACCAUGUUCUACCGGGCGGGAGUUAAAAUGCGGGACGCCGGAACGAUCAUCUUCCGAACGAUCCGCAAGGAACUGGAACGUGCCGGCCUGCUAGAGAAACCACAACCUCAGCAAGUGGCGGCCAUCCAAGGAACGGAAGACUCCCUGGCCAUCGACAUCGAAGCCGAGUUGAAUCUGCUGGCCCAGGAGCCACCCAGCCAGGAGUUAAUCGAAAAACUCCAGCAGCAAUUGACCAAGGCCGGCGGAAUCAAGCACGGUAUGACGCGAGCCAAGAAGGUCAAGCACAUUCGGGCGGAGAUUGCCAAGAUCAAGCGAGCUCUCCCGAAGGAACCGGAAAAACCUGCGAAACCGGAAAAACUGCCUGUUGAGAAGCCAGCGCCCGAGCAACCAACGCCAAAAAAGGCGACAGCAGUCGAAACGGUCACUUCGAAAGCACUCAAAGUACAGCAGACGCCACCUGCGAGUCCGUUGAAGAUCCUGAAUAACAGUCCAUCGCCAUCGGGAGUUAAUAGAAGAACGGCAGUGCUGUUUACGCGCAAAGCCCAGGCCGCCCUCAAGAAGCCGGAAACGCCAUCUAAGGAGGAAGCGGCCAUCGCCGCCACCACGGAGCUCCUACAGAAAACGGCCAAAAAAGCAACCCGUGGCAAGCGGGGUGCUUCGAACAAGAGCAAACAGGCUGGCGCUAUUGGCGGCUCGGAUGGAGGCUUCCUGAACCUGCCGGGGCCGUCCGGAAGCGGAGGCCGAAAGUCGUUGGAGUCGUCGGAAAAGAAGUCUUUCGAAUCCGAUAGUUUCCGUGUGUACCGGGGCGGUCAGGAUCGGGAGAUUUCCGACUCGGACGAUAGCAAUCUCAGCUUCACCGGCAGUACCUGCAGUAGCUGUAGCGGGUUCAGCGGCAGCGGAACGGAGUCGGAGUUCGGAAGCUCCAGCGAUAACGAAUCGUUCUGCGACUCGGAGAUGUCCACCAGCGAAGAGGCGGAAGCCUUCCCAGAGAAACCUUUACUGGAACCGCUCAAGCUGGUGUGGGCCAAGUGUCGAGGCUAUCCGUGGUACCCUGCCCUAAUAAUCGAUCCGGACAUUCCGAGUGGGUUUGUUCAUAAUGGGGUCCCACUGCCGGCUCCUCCAGCGGAUGUUCUAGCCCUGAAAGCCAACUACGAAGAGCAGGUGUUUUUGGUUCUGUUCUUCGACGUCAAGCGAACCUGGCAGUGGCUUCCGGCGAACAAGCUGGAAUUGCUCGGCGUGAACAAAGAACUGGACCAGAGCAAGCUGGUAGAGUCGAGGAAACCCACCGAACGGAAAGCGGUCAACAAGGCUUACCAAGAAGCGCUGCACUAUCACAGCCAGGUGUCGAGUGCCGAUGGGCCAGCUGGAAAGCUUUAGGUUAGGAAGAAUGCACAUUCACCGAUAUGUUUUGUUAAUGUUUUUUGUGCUAUUGAAGUAAAACAAAAUUGUUGGUCCCGGAGUGAUCGGUAAUGAAAAAUGCUACGUUAUACAAAUUUGCUGCUGCAUACGCGUUUUAGAUGUAGGACUAGAGGCACCUAGGUUUAAGCUUUUUCGUGUACUAUUUAUCGUGUAGAAUUGACUGUUUUAUCGGACCGAGAUGAUACAAAUAAAGUAUCGUUCAAAAAAGGA